AUGCCGGACCCUGUCAGUAUUACCGCCUCCAUCUUGGGCAUCGUCCAGGGUGUGGCCUUCCUGUCGAGCACCAUAGAAAACAUUCGAAGCGCCCCGGAAUCCAUCAAGAACAUUCGACGUCAGCUCCAACAUCUGAAACCCAUUCUUAGCCAGCUAGAGUGCGCCGUGGACCAGAAGCAGAUCGACACCGACCAAUUGGGCGUUGAACUAAAAUCUGCUCUUGACAGCUGCGACCACGCGUGCACUGAGUUCAGCACUCCACUUGGCCACUGGACAAGACACUCGAGUGAUGACGAGACUUCUGUUCUGGAUUAUACCAAGAUUGGGCUUUUGGGUCGUAUACGAUUGUUGAAAGAUCAGCUCGAUCAGUGUAUCAAGAUUCUCAACGUCACUUUGGUGACCAACAACGCUCUCCAAAUGAGUCGCCAAGAAGGCAUGAUAAAAGAGCUUCGUGACCAUAAAUUGCUAUCACUCGAAGACUCUCUCAAAAAGAAGAUUGAUGAGGUACAGAAGGACAAAAUGAAAAUCGUCAAGUACGAGGCAGAGGCAUCAGGGUCCAGUGAGACUGAUGACAAAGAGUCAUUUACUUCCGAAAUACAGCGACACAAAAAGAUGGUGCAGAUAUCGGAGAAGGUCUCCAAAAAAGCUCUCGAUGCUGUUAUUAUUGAACGAACACAACAGAACAUUUCAGAUGUCUGUGCCGCGGAAGAGAGCACUGCUCUAGCGGGUAAGUUCAACGUGGAUGGGUCAGACAUGACGGGGCAGGAUAUCACAAAGAUCCAUGCUGAAAAUCGGAGCUUUGCGGUGGCGGGUAUGGCAAACAACUUUGACUUUACGUCCUUUGUUCCCAGAAGAUGA